CACCCGGCACUCGCCGGCACUUCCGGCGGGGCCUUCCUGAACCAGUCGGCCGCCGAAACCGAUUGAGAGUGGCCGUGGAGCGCAGUCCACCCGCGAGAAACUGCUGCAGGUGGCCACGCCAUGGAGCGUCUUGAUAAAGCGGCGCUGAACGCGUUGCAGCCACCUGACGUCAGAAAUGAAAGUUCAUUAGCAUCUACCCUGAAGACUCUGCUGUUCUUCACAGCUUUAAUGAUCACUGUACCUAUUGGGUUAUAUUUCACCACUAAAUCUUAUGUAUUUGAAGGUGCCUUUGGGAUGUCCAAUAGGGACAGCUAUUUUUAUGCUGCUAUUGUUGCAGUGGUUGCUGUCCAUGUGGUGCUGGCUCUCUUUGUCUAUGUGGCCUGGAAUGAAGGUUCACGGCAGUGGCGUGAAGGCAAACAGGAUUAAAGUGAACAUCACCUUUUCAUAGCAUUACAUUGAUUUUUUUAAAUGGCAAAUGUGUCCUGGAUACCGAUGAUUUCAAUAAAGUUGAAAGAACAUGUUAAAAUCUA